AUUUGUUAGAUUGAGGCUGAGAGGAGAGGGAAAAAGUGAGUUAGCCAUUUCUCUCUCUACCUUGUUUAUGCUGCAUGAAUUCGAGGGAAAGUUUGCUGAUAAUUUUGUAGAAUUUGGUAGGUGAAAUCUGUGGCAGAUAUGGAGAAAGAGGAAACUGCAGCAGAGGAAGUUGUGAGCUUGGAGCUUCCUGCUCCUCCUGGUUGGAAGAAGCAGUUCUUGCCCAAAAAGGCUGGGACCCCCAAGAAAAGUGAGAUUGUUUUUACUGCUCCAACAGGAGAGGAAAUCACCAACCGAAAGCAGUUGGAUCAGUACCUGAAAGCACACCCUGGGGGUCCAGCAGCUGCAGAAUUUGAUUGGGGCACCGGUGAGACCCCAAGGAGAUCUGCAAGGAUCAGUGAGAAGGCAAAGGCUAUGCUACCUCCUGAAAGUGAACCUACUCCGAAGAAAAAACGAAGCAGAAAAUCAUCAGCAUCAAAGGACAAUAAAGAAACAGAAAUUGUCCCUGAAAAAACUGAGGAGACAAAAGAUGUUAAUAUGGAUGAGGCUGUAAAGACCAACAAGGAUAAUACGGAGCUAGAGGCAGGCAAGGAUGUUGUCAAGGAAAAUGAAGAUGUAAUUGAAGACAAAGCGCAAAAUGCAGGUACUAAAACUGAUGCCAUUCAUCCAGAAGGAACAAAAGUUGGAGAUGUUAAUAAGCCUAAUAAUGUUGAAGAGAACAAGACAAGUGCUGAUGCGGAAUCUGAAAAACCCAAAGGUCUUGACGGUGCAACAGUUGAAGAAAAGGUUGAGCAAUCGGAGGUAGAGGUGCCGAAGGAGCUUUUGUCUGGGGAAAGAAAGCAUGGUCUCGAAGGAGAGGAAAAGGAGAAACAAAAUAAGAGUGCUCCUGAACCUGAAGGUGAAAUCAAGGAGAAUGAAACCACAGCUGGCAAUAAAGAUGGACAAAAAACUUCAGGUCUCAAUGAGACUAGGAAGGUGGUGGAUGAAGUAACUGAGAAUGGCAACACAGCUGGCAAGGCCAAUCCUUGAGUAUCAUAUGAAAUUAAGACAGAUUAACUUGAUGCCAGCUUCAUUUACGGGGGACCCUAUUUCAUUUCGGGCCCUCCAUAAACAACUGUAGCUUUAAUGUUGUUGAUGUUAGUUACUGAUUGUUCAUUGAGACAGCCUUCUAUAUAGUCGUCGAUAGGUGUAUAAUGUAGUACUUAUGUUGUACUCAAGGAACUCGUAGCUUGCAGGUCGUCUGUAACAUCAUGGUGUUGAUUUGUACUAAUGUGAUGUAAUGUCUAGUGUCAUGUAAUAAUAAGUUGCAGGGAUUCAAAAUGACUUGUAAUUAUUGGAUAACCUUUACUUUAGGGCGCGGUUAUUAUUUUC